CACAUGCUCUAAUAAUACGUUGGAAUGAAUACAAGAUUAUCGAAGUUUCUGAACGUUUUCUAUCAUCGCAAUUAUAGACACGCUUUAUCGACGUCCAUAAAAAUGCUACAACCUCCAGGGAAAAAAAUAUACAAAGUCCAUGAUAUAAAAGCGUUGCACAUAGCAGUUGAAUGUAUCUUAGAUGGAGAGGUAAUUGGUUUGCCCACAGAUACUGUGUAUGGAUUAGCAUGUAAUGCGAAUAAUGAAAAGGCCAUUCAAAAACUGUACGACAUAAAGGGACGCGAUUGUUAUAAGCCAGUGGCUAUAUGUGUAAAAAAUCUAGAGGACUUUCGACGGUACGGAAUUGCAGACCAUUUAAAUGACUUAUUACUUCAACGUCUGCUUCCGGGUCCAAUUACAAUAAUCAUCGAACGUUCUAAGCAUCUUACUAAUCGUUUUUUAAACCCCAACACAACAAAAAUUGGUAUACGUAUUCCGCAGUUUUCUUUUAUUCAGGAAUUAUGUUCAUUAUUUAGUGAACAACCACUUGCUUUAACUAGUGCAAAUCGAUCCGCCGAACGUAGUAGUCUAAAUAUAAAUGAAUUCGAAUCCUUGUGGCCCAAACUAGGUGGAAUUUUUAACGCAGGUCCCAUAGGCUUAACUGAAGAUAGACGUUCUGGAUCAACUGUAGUAGAUUUAUCUCAGCCAGGUGUAUAUACAAUAAUAAGAGAAGGGGUAGCCCUUAAAACUACUGUAGAUGUGUUACAUGAAUUUAACAUAAAACCCAUAAAAUAAAUUAUAUUAAAUAAAAUGCAUCCUGGAAAAAUACAAAGAUAGAAAAUUUGCAAUGAUUUUAAUUUACAAUAAUUAUACGUACUUCAAAAGCUGUAAAUACAACUCUAAUUACUUUUAUAAACCCUCAAAAA